GAAUGGGAAAAAUAAAGUGAAGGUGAUUGGUGUGUAUCGAAUCUGAACCCGUGUUCACUUACAGGGAAAAAAUUCUCCUGAGAACCCAAACAUAGAAAUCCCAUCGUUCCUAUUUCCAAGUCAGGUUUGAAUGAAAGGAAAGAACGGGUGAUCGGGAGGGAAUGGGGGCCUCGCUGUCGAACCUAGGAAGCAACGGUUCGGCCGCCGCUCCGGGCCUCGGCGACAUCCCGGAGAAUUGCGUCGCCCGCGUUUUCCUCCACCUCACUCCGCCGGAGAUAUGCAACCUAGCGCGCCUCAACCGCUCUUUUCGCGGCGCUGCCUCCGCCGAUUCCGUCUGGCGAACGAAGCUGCCUACCAACUACCAAGAUCUGCUCGAUUUGAUGCCUCCCGAGAGGUACCGGAAUCUCUCCAGGAAGGACAUCUUCGCGCUGCUCUCUCGGCCAGUGCCGUUCGACGACGGCAACAAGGAAGUGUGGCUGGACAGGGUCACGGGAAGGGUUUGCAUGUCAAUUUCGGCGAAGGCGAUGUCUAUUACUGGAAUUGAUGACCGUAGAUACUGGACUUGGGUUCGUACUGAAGAAUCUAGGUUCAACACUGUAGCAUAUUUGCAGCAAAUAUGGUGGUUUGAAGUGGAUGGGGAAGUCAGCUUCCCAUUUCCUGCUGAUAUUUAUACUGUAUCCUUUAGGCUUCACCUUGGACGAUUUUCAAAGAGGCUUGGGCGACGCGUGCGCAACUAUGAACACACCCAUGGUUGGGACAUAAAACCAGUGAAAUUUGAGUUGUCAACCAUGGAUGGUCAGCAAGCAUCAUUCGAGUGCUGUCUGGAUGAAGCUGAGCCUGACGAUGCACACGGCAAUCAAAAGUGCGGACAUUGGGUAGAUUACAAGGUGGGUGAGUUUAUUGUCAGGGGAUCAGAACCUACAACCAAAGUAAGAUUCUCCAUGAAACAGAUUGACUGUACACACUCUAAAGGUGGGCUUUGUGUAGAUUCUGUAUUUAUUAUACCUAGUCAUUUGAGAGAGCGCACCAGAAGCGGAAUUCUGAAAUAACCACACAGAGUAGGAGUUUAUUUUUUAAAUUUUUUGGUAGUUGGUAUGCAUGGUACGAAGGGGCCAAUUAUAUAUUCAGUCUGUCUAAAAUUUUUGAAGUUUAGUUUUAA